ACUCAUAGUUCUUUCAGCCCACGGCUCCUCACAGCUAUAAAUAGGAGCCCUUGCGCCACCUAUUCUCAGCAACAACCAUCUGGUUAUAGUUCCUCACUCCUGAACACUAUUUAUAUUGGGUUUCUACUAGCUACCAGUAGGCUGUAGAUCGAUAUUUGUCAUUGAUCAUCACCGCCUUUUCAGUUCAACCUAGCUAGCUUAGCCAUGGCUAGGGCACUGGAACCUCUCGUCGUCGGAAAGGUGAUUGGGGAGGUCAUCGACAACUUCAACCCCACCAUGAAGAUGACGGCGACCUACAGCUCCAACAAGCAGGUGUUCAAUGGCCACGAGUUCUUCCCGUCAGCAGUCGUGUCCAAGCCGCGCAUUGAGGUUCAGGGCAGCGAUAUGCGAUCUUUCUUCACGCUGGUCAUGACGGAUCCAGAUGUACCAGGGCCUAGUGAUCCGUACCUGAGGGAGCAUCUCCACUGGAUCGUCACUGAUAUUCCAGGCACCACUGAUGAUUCUUUUGGAAGGGAGGUGGUGAGCUACGAGAGCCCGAAGCCCAACAUCGGCAUCCACAGGUUCAUCUUCGUGCUGUUCAAGCAGAAGCGCCGGCAGGCGGUGAGCACUCCCUCCUCCAGGGACUACUUCAACACUCGCCGCUUCGCCGCCGAGAACGAACUUGGGCUCCCAGUCGCCGCCGUCUACUUCAACGCGCAGCGGGAGACAGCUGCACGCCGCCGCUGAUUACCAAUAUAUUAAUAAUCACUAAACCCGUGCCUUCUUCUCUUGCAUGCAUAUAUGCAAGGCUAUGGAUCAACAUAUAGCUACUGUUAGCUACCCUAUAUCUCCAUCAAAUAAGAGUUUGCUUGUGGUGUCUUGUGUCUAUGCUAGCUAGUCUUUCUUCUGUUCUGUUCAUCAGUUCUUCAGUCAAUAUAGUUAGUAGCCGAUCUGUGAGCUAGUGUAUGUGUGCGUGCGUGCGUGCGUACGACGUACAUCCAGCCACUAGUGUGAAUUAACUCAGCUCCUGUUUAUGGAGACGAAGGAUAGAUAUGUAUCCAAGAAGAAGUGUGCUGGCAAAAUAGUUGGUGCUUGGAGGCCGAUGCAUGCAUACUAGUGUUGACUGGGACUCUGGGAGCAGAUUGAUAGCUGAAUAAGACCGUCGACGUGUCUGGUGGUGAAAGGAGGAGAAGGCAGUGGCCAUGCAUGGCCCUCUUCCCCUGGUACUGCCGGACAGCCACCUGUAAACGCCCUACUAUUUUCUCAUGUGUGUGCAUGGAUGCAUGAGUGGCUGCUAGCUCACUGCAGCUUAGCUUGUAAGUGUACUAGCUUGUACCUGAUACUUUUACCCUUUUCGCCUGCUUUCUAAGCUGUGACCAUUAUCUCUAGAUAUGCUCCUAGCUAGCUUUCCAGUGUGACAAGACAUGCAUUGCUAUUUAUAUAUGUGCCUCGGUUGUGCACAAAUUAAAUAUGUUAGGUCUUGCCGAGUCUACAGUAUGUUUUAUAAUGUUAAUAUGGCUGCUGAUGAGAAGAGGCAUCAGUUCUUUCGGCC